AUGUUGACGAAAUUUGAAACAAAAUCCGCCAGGGUAAAAGGAUUAUCAUUCCAUCCAAAAAGGCCCUGGAUUUUGACUAGUUUACAUAAUGGCGUUAUUCAAUUAUGGGAUUAUCGUAUGUGCACAUUACUGGACAAAUUUGAUGAACACGAUGGGCCUGUGCGUGGAAUAUGUUUUCACAACCAACAACCACUCUUUGUCUCUGGAGGAGAUGAUUAUAAAAUAAAGGUUUGGAAUUACAAGCAAAGGCGCUGUAUAUUUACAUUAUUAGGUCAUUUGGAUUACAUUCGCUCCACGCUAUUUCAUCAUGAAUAUCCUUGGAUACUGAGUGCUUCUGAUGAUCAGACUAUUCGUAUAUGGAAUUGGCAAUCUCGAACAUGCAUAUGUGUGCUUACUGGCCACAACCACUAUGUUAUGUGUGCCAUGUUCCAUCCAACUGAAGAUACAUUGGUGUCAGCUUCUUUAGAUCAAACUGUUCGAGUUUGGGAUAUUUCUGGUUUAAGAAAAAAGAAUGUAGCACCUGGACCCGGUGGUUUGGAAGAUCAUCUUAAAAAUCCUGGUGCUACCGAUUUAUUUGGCCAAGCUGAUGCUGUUGUAAAAUAUGUAUUAGAAGGUCAUGACAGGGGUGUUAAUUGGGCACAUUUUCAUCCAACUUUGCCUUUAAUCGUCUCAGGUGCUGAUGAUAGACAAAUUAAGCUUUGGAGGAUGAAUGAGUAUAAGGCAUGGGAAGUUGAUACUUGCCGAGGACAUUACAAUAAUGUCUCUUGUGUCUUAUUUCAUCCAAGGCAUGAGUUAAUUAUAUCUAACAGUGAAGACAAAAGUAUCCGAGUUUGGGAUAUGACCAAAAGAACAUGUCUACAUACAUUCCGUCGAGAACAUGAAAGAUUUUGGGUUCUUGCUGCACACCCCACAUUAAAUUUAUUUGCUGCUGGUCAUGAUACUGGGAUGAUUGUGUUUAAGUUGGAAAGAGAGAGACCGGCAUAUGCAGUACAAGGCAAUAUGUUGUUCUAUGUGAAAGAUCGCUUUGUACGCAAACUAGAUUUCACCACUUCUAAGGACUCACCAGUUAUGCAAAUUCGUGGCGGUGGAAGGGUUCCACUUUAUAGUAUGUCCUACAAUCCAGCUGAGAAUGCAAUACUACUUUGCACUCGCACCACUUGUUUGGAGAACAGUACAUACGAUUUAUAUUCUAUGUCAAAAGACUCAGAUUCAUCAAGUUCAGAAACUGAAAGUAAAAGAUCUUCGGGAAUAACUGCUCUUUGGGUUGCUCGUAACAGAUUUGUUGUUCUAGACAGGGCAAAUCAGCUCGUAAUAAAAAAUUUGAAAAACGAAGUUACCAAAAAGGUUCAGACACCUGGGUGUGAUGAAAUAUUCUAUGCUGGCACAGGAAUGCUCCUUUUACGGGAACCAGAUUGUGUUACUAUGUUUGAUGUUCAACAGAAGAGAUCACUUGCUCAGGUAAAAAUUUCAAAGUGCCGAUAUGUAGUCUGGUCCAAUGACAUGUCACAUGUGGCUUUAUUAGCAAAACACACUGUCACAAUUUGUAAUCGCCAUCUGGAAACACUUUGUUCAAUUCACGAAAAUACGAGAGUGAAAUCAGGGGCUUGGGAUGAGAGCAUGGUUUUCAUUUACACAACAAGUAAUCAUAUCAAAUAUGCCAUAAGCAAUGGGGAUCAUGGUAUAAUAAGAACUUUGGAUCUACCUAUCUAUAUUAUACGAGUCAAGGGAAAUCAAGUAUUUUGCUUAGACCGUGAAUGCCGUCCUCAUGUUCUAAAUAUUGAUGCAACAGAAUAUAAAUUCAAACUAGCUCUUAUAACCAGAAAAUAUGAAGAAGUAUUACAUAUGGUGCGCAAUGCUCGACUAGUUGGCCAAAGUAUUAUUGCAUAUUUGCAACAGAAGGGCUAUCCUGAAGUAGCUUUACAUUUUGUCAAAGAUGAGAAAACAAGAUUUGGUUUAGCUCUGGAAUGUGGAAAUAUUGAGGUUGCUCUUGAGGCAGCCAAAUGUUUGGAUGAUAAAGCAUGUUGGGAGCGUUUGGGUAAUGUUGCAUUGUUGCGUGGAAAUCACCAAGUUGUUGAGAUGUGUCAUCAACGAACUAAAAAUUUUGAAAAGUUAUCAUUUUUGUAUUUGAUUACUGGAAAUCUGGAAAAAUUAAAGAAAAUGACUAAGAUUGCUGAAAUAAGAAAGGAUACACCAGCACAAUAUCAAGGGGCUUUAACUUUGGGGGAUGUUCCAGAAAGAAUUAAGAUACUGAGCUCUAGAGGUUUGUUUGGACUUGCAUUUUUAACUGCUGCCACUCAUGGUUAUCAUGAUGUAGCGUCAGAACUAGCAUCAACAAUACAAGAGAGUGGUCAAACCUUGCCAGAAAUUAACCCAAAUGCCAAAUUCUUAUGCCCACCAAUGCCAAUUCAACAAGCAGAAACAAAUUGGCCACUACUUACUGUUUCAAAAGGAUUCUUUUCUGGAGCUGUUUUCACUCGUGAUACUGCCAAUAUACAUCAGGCACUUGCCGCUGAGUCUGCUCUUGAUGCUCCUGCUGAAGGUUGGGGAGAAGAUGCCGAAUUGGGUCUCGAUGAUGAAGAUAACGAAUUUAAGGAGGCAAUCGAAAAUCCAGAGAACACUGAAGGCCCCGGAUGGGAUGUAGAUGAUGAAGAUUUAGAAUUACCAGAAGAGCUGGCUCCAGCUGGUGGUCAAGAUACCGAUUCCUACUUUGUUCCACCAGUUAAAGGUAUAUCACAUACGCAGUACUGGAUUAAUAAUUCACAACUGCCGGUGGAUCAUGUGCUAGCUGGAUCGUUUGAGAGUGCAUUUAAGUUGCUGAACGAACAGAUUGGCGUUGUAAACUUUGAACCACUUAAGUCCUUAUUCCUUAGCACAUACUCCCGUUCCAGAAUGUCCUAUUCAGCCUUCCCAAAUUUAUUAUCAUUGUAUGCCUUUCCUCAAAGAAAUUGGAAGGACACAGUUCCCAAAAAUGGAUUGCCUGCAAUUGGUUUGAAAUUAAAUGAUUUGGUGCAAUUAUUACAAAUAUGCUAUCAAUUGACUACUAGUGGAAGAUUUGUUGAAGCUGUUGAAAAAUUACAAACGUUGUUAUUAAAUAUACCUCUUCUUGUGGUUGAUAGCAAGCAGGAAAUUGCAGAAGCCCAACAACUUCUACAGAUAUGUAGGGAAUAUAUAUUAGGUCUGAAAAUGGAAACACACCGUAAAGGUAUGCCUAAAAGUACUUUGGAAGAACAAAAGCGUUUAUGUGAAAUGGCGGCAUAUUUCACACAUUGCAAUUUGCAACCUGUACAUCAAAUCUUAACACUUAGAACAGCACUAAAUAUGUUCUUUAAACUGAAGAAUUACAAAACGGCAGCAUCUUUUGCAAGAAGGCUUUUAGAAUUAGGCCCAAGGCCUGAAGUUGCGCAACAAGCCAGGAAAAUAUUACAGGCUUGUGAUAAAAACCCUGUUGAUGAGUUUCAGUUGGAGUAUGAUGAACAAAAUCCUUUCAAUUUAUGUGGAAUUUCUUAUAAACCUAUAUAUCGAGGUAAACCAGAGGUGAAAUGUCCUUUAUGUGGUACUUGCUAUAUGCCACAGUUUUCAGGUAUGUUAUGUACAGUAUGCGCAGUAGCGGAAAUAGGAAAAAGUUGUUCUGGUUUGAAAAUAUCCGUUUCACAGUUUAGAUAAAUUGCAAGUAACCAAUCAUUGUAUUUUCAAUAUAAAUUACU